AUGGCUUCCCUACAAACUUCACCUCUGUUAUUCCCUUCAUCUUCUUCAAAGAAAAUCCAUGCUGCUAUUCACGUCCCAAAGCUUCCAAGAUUCCAGCCCAAUUUCUCGGUUCCAACAAUUCCAACCAGAGAUCUGGUUGAGGAUAUGAACAUAAGGGAUGCUUUCACAAAUACAGUCCCGAUAGAAAAAAGCAUUACUACCAGACCUAUUGAUGUUAAAUCAUGCAACUCCAGUGCUAAUGUUGUGAAUUCCCAACUCUAUGCCAUCUUAGAGGCCGUCUCUGACAGAGUGGAGAUGCAUGCCAACGUUGGGGAGCAACGUGAUAACUGGAACACCCUUCUUUUGAACUCCAUCAACAUGAUAACUCUCACUGCUUCGACCUUGGCCGGCGUUGCAGCCAUUGGGGGCGCCGGAGUGCCACUUCUGGCUCUGAAAUUAUCGUCCGCGCUCUUGUAUUCUGCUGCCACGGGGAUGUUGCUCAUUAUGAACAAACUCCAGCCUUCACAACUUGCCGAGGAACAGCGUAAUGCUGCAAGAUUGUUCAGGCAGCUCCAGGGCCAAAUCCAGACUAUUAUUGCUCUACGUACUCCAACUCAGGAGGAUGUGAAAAAGGUUAUGGCAAGUGUCUUGGCCCUUGACAAAGCCUACCCACUUCCCUUGCUGGGAGCCAUGCUUGACAAGUUCCCUGCAACAUUCGAACCUGCUGUUUGGUGGCCUGAAAAUCAGUUCAGAGAGACAAACAAAUCAAAUGUAGGGAAACAGCAUUACAAGAAGACGGAGAAGAAUGGAUGGAGUGAGGAACUGGAAGUGGAAAUGAGAGAUAUAAUCCAAGUUGUGAAGAGAAAAGAUAUUGAGGACUACGUAAGGCUAGGCAACUUGGCCUUGAAGAUCAACAAGACUUUAGCCAUCUCUGGCCCAUUGCUUACCGGCAUUGCAGCCAUUGGCUCUGCUUUUGUGGGUAAUGGAUCGUGGGCAGCCGUUGUAGCAGUGACUGCAGGGGCUUUAGCAAGCACUGUUACUUCUUUCGAGCAUGGUGGGCAAGUUGGGAUGGUGUUUGAGAUGUAUCGAAACUGCGCUGGCUUUUUCCGCCGAUUAGAAGAAUCAAUUGAAGGCACACUUGAAGAAAAAGAUUUGCAGAAAAGAGAAAACGGGAAGUUGUUUGAGAUGAAGGUGGCUUUGCAGCUUGGAAGAAGCUUGUCACAGCUCAGAGAACUUGCAAGAAAAUCAGCUUCUUCCCAUACCGAUGGAAUUGAAGUAGAUGAAUUUGCAAGCAAGCUUUUUUGA